AAGGCACUGCAGAAAAUCGAAGCAAACGGAACUGCAGAGUUUCGUACAGUCGUUCCAUCUCCAACUCUAAAAUCUAAAUGAGACUGAGAAAUUCAAUUAUAUGCAUAAUUUCUUUGUACUACUAUUAUAGAGUAUUUUCUUUUUUCGGAGAGAGAAAUUCCUCAACUAAAAUUAUCAGAAUUUUCGGGUUUCUGCAUUGCAAUUUUUUCUUGAUCAUGAUGAGAACUGCUCGAAUUUCAAAUUUGUUUCAGAGUUUUCGAAUGAUUCGGUGAAAAAUACUUGUCAGGAGAAAAAAAAAAUUGGAAUCAGGAAUUUAAAGCGAGCUUGCCGGGUUACAUGUUUCCCCCUAUUUGAUGGUAAUGCUCUAUCUGGAGUGGGAAAAUGACAGCCUUGGUGAGGCUUGUGGAUGCUGGAAGUGUCUCAAGAGCUGCAACAGAGGAAGUGAGUUUCCAAAAGUUGGCUGCACAAUCCAUAGGGAGAGAAUUACAAGAUGCAGAUGAAGCAAAUUUGAUUGAUGAAGAAGAUAUGCGUAUUUUUGGUUUGAGACCAAUGACAGAUCCUUUGGAUUUGGUAUGCUGCAACGCUUGCAAGAAGCCAAUCAAGGCCAGUCAUUAUACUACACAUGCAGAGCUCUGUAAGUCUCUAGGUUCUAGAGUGGAAAUCAAUGUGGAACUUAAUGGCCCUGCAGUGACUAAGAAACCUCCAAGGAAGGAGAGGAAAAAGUCACAGAUUACUCAGAGCAAAAAGGCUAAAUCACUCAGAGAGUCCAAAAAAUUUGAUUCUGUAGACUCUGGUGAUCUAGCUGCACCAGGAUGUCGUAUAGAUGAGAAUAUUCAAAUGAGUCUCUUGCCUGAAGCUCGACGAGAAACACAUUUGAACUCAACUGACAAAAUGAAUGGUUCAACAGUGAACCCUUACAGCUUGGACUGUUUCAAAGAUGUAACUAAACGCUCAUCGAAACCGCUAAAAAGGACAUCAACUGAGAAUUCAUCAAAUCAAGGUACCCAGAAUUUGUGCAAGCCAGCUGCCGAGGUUCUUCCAUAUGUACCAGCUCCCCUUACAACCAAAAUAUACUAUUCCCAAAGAAAUCAUAAUCUCCGAAGAGCCAUUUCUCAUAUGUUCUUUGAGGAACCAGACAAACAGUUGAGCAAUGAUGUACCAUCUUCAGAAGAUUAUCAAGUAAAUGCUACUCUUGGACAAACUUCAUAUCGUCGAACUUUUUGCAAUGAACAAGUUGCACAUCAGCAGAGAGACAACAAAAUUUUGCUCUUUGCUCGAACUCUUGAUCACGUUCUUUCAGCAAGGUCAAACAUCUACAUGGGCGAGUCAGGAGCAUUUGAACCAUCCAUGACCUCAGCUUCUCAACUCCCUGUGAAUAAUACUCUAGGACCUCAUUGCAUAGUGAAUUCUUAUUCAUUUUCUGACAGACCUGGUGUUUGAUUUUUGAGAAUGUAAAAGAGGGAGAAGAAUGAUUUGAUUAAAGGUUUUCUCCAGCAAGGCCCAUCCAAACAAAUUCCUGGCCCACGAGAAUCUCUUAUGCAAUGCUUUAUAAGAAGGAAUCGAUCAAAUCAAACAUAUUAUCUUUUUAUGGGCUUAAGUCAAGCACUUGCUGAUGAUGGCAAGUUUCUUCUUUCUGCUCGUAAGUGUAGGCGGCCGACAUGUACAGAUUACAUGAUCUCUCUACAUGCAGAUGAUACUUCAAAGGGAAGUGAGACUUGUGUAGGAAAAUUAAGAUCCAAUUUUCUUGGAACGAAGUUAGUCGUCUUUGAUGCUCUUCUUCCCCAUUCUGGAGCCAAGAUGGUAAAAAGCUGGUCCACCCACAUGGUCGGCUCAAAACAGAUUUCGCCUAAGCCUCCUGCCGGCAACUAUACGUUAGCUCCAUCUCAUAUGAGUUGAAUGGGUUGGGAUCCAGAUGUCCAAGAAGAAUGCAUAGUAUCAUCUGGCAUGAGUUUCUCGAGAACAUCUCAGCAACGGCCCCGUAUCCGUCUCUGCUGGCCGUGUUGCAGAAUCCUGCGGUUAACUCUGAAGGGUGCGAUCACACUUUGCUCCACCG